GGGUGGAUCUUGGGUUUGGGGGUCGAUCACGGGUUUGGGGGUGGAUCUUGGAUUUAGGGGUGGAUCGCGGGGUGGGGAGGGGGAUCUCGGAUUUGGAGCUGGGUUGGGGUGGAUAGGCCAGUAGGAGCCGCGGCGGCUCAGGAGCGGGUGGUGGGCGUCUGAGAAGUCGCCACCAUGAGGAAGCUCUUCAGUUUCGGGAGACGCCUGGGCCAGGCGCUCCUGAGCUCCAUGGACCAAGAGUACACGGGUCGGGGGUACCACAUCGCAGACUGGGAACUGCGGAAGAUCCACAGGGCGGCCAUCAAGGGCGACGCCGCGGAGGUGGAGCGCUGCCUGACUCGCAGGUUCCGGGGCUUGGACGCCCGCGACAGAAAGGACAGGACUGUUCUACAUUUGGCCUGUGCCCAUGGCCAUGUGGAAGUGGUCACUCUCUUGCUGGGCAGAAGAUGCCAAAUUGACGUCUGUGACAGACUAAGCAGGACGCCUUUAAUGAAGGCUAUACACUGCCAGGAAGAGGCUUGUGCCAUUAUUCUCCUGGAACAUGAUGCCAGUCCAAACAUUAAGGAUAUCUACGGCAACACUGCUGUCCAUUAUGCUGUGUAUAAUACGGGGACUUCACUGGCAGAAAAACUGUUUUCCCACCGUGCAAACAUUGAAGCACUAAAGAAGGAGGGAAACACUCCACUUUUGUUUGCUAUAAAUUCUGGGAGACAGCAUAUGGUGGAAUUUUUAUUGAAGAACCAGGCAAAUGUACAUGCCGUUGACAAUUUCAGAAGAACAGCCCUCAUGCUUGCAGUACAGCAUAGCUCAUCAAAUAUCAUCAGCCUCCUCCUUCAACAAAAUAUAAAUAUCUUUUCUCAAGACAUGUUUGGCCAAACAGCCGAGGAUUAUGCUGUUUGUUGUGAUUUGAGAAGCAUUCAACAACAAAUUUUGGAACAUAAAAAUAAGAUACUUAAAAAUCAUCUUCGAAAUGACAAUCAAGAAACAGCAGCCACGAAGAAUGAAAGUUUUAAAACACAAAGAGCAAGUUCAAAAGUCUCACUCUAUCACCAGUCUGGAGUCCAGUGGCAUGAUCUCGGAUCACUGCAGCCUCCACCUCCCAGGUUCAAGCAAUUCUCCUGCCUCAGCCUCCCAAGGAGCUGGGAAAACAGGCACAUGCAACCACGCCCGGAAACAGCAGCUAUGAAGCCUGCAAAUUUGAAAAAAAGAAAAGAAGGUGUAAAAGAACACGACUUAAAAGUGGCUUCACAGGAAAAGCAAGAAAGGCUUGAAAGAAGUGAAAAUAAACAGCCACAGGAUUCUCAAAGUUAUGGAAAAAAGAAGGAUGUGAUGCAUGGAAAUUAUAUGUUGAAGAGAGACAUUGCCAUGCUCAAAGAGGAAUUAUAUGCAAUAAAAAAUGACAGUCUCAGAAAGGAAAAAGAAUAUAUUCAUGAAAUUAAAAGUAUUACAGAAAUAAAUGCUAACUUUGAAAAGAGUGUAAGACUCCAUGAAGAAAUGAUAACAAAAACAAUGGCCCAGUAUUCACAAGAGCUCAAUGAUCUGAAAGCUGAGAAUUCAAGGCUGAAUUCAAAAUUGGAGAAGGAAAAACACAACGAACAAAGACUAGAAGCUGAAGUCGAAUCCCUCCAUUCUAGCCUGGCCACUGCUAUAAAUGAGCACAAUGAAAUUUUGGAAAGAAAAGACCUAGAACUAGUUUCACGGAGAGCAGAUGAUAUUUCUGAACAAGAAAAAAUGGGCGCUAAUAUUUCUCAAUUAACAGAUAAGAAUGAGUUGUUUACUAAACAACUUUCUAAAGCUCAGGUGAAGUUCAGUACCUUAAAAGCUAAGCUCCAUGAGACAAGAGAUGCUCUCAGGGAAAAGACAUUGGCUUUAGAAAGUGUGCAGCUGGACCUAAAGCAAGCGCAGCAUCAAAUAAAGGAAAUGAAACAGAUGCAUCCAAAUGAGGAAGCUAAGGAGAGUCAAUCCACUGGAAAGCAGAACUCUUUAGAGGACAGAAUACGUCAAGAAGAACUCAAAAAUCUCUUGCUUGAACAACAACUAGGGGAUGCUCAUAAGGAAGGCAAUAAUAAAUAGAUAGUCAUUAAUAUCAGGAGGCUCUGUUUUGUGAAUGGGAAGGAAUAUCUCCUUCUAGAAGAAAAAAAUACGGAAUUAAUGAAUGAAUGUAAUUAUUUAAAAGAAAAACUGUUUCAGUAUGAAAAGGAAGAAGAAGAAGGAGAGGUGAUUGUGAGACAACUUCAAGAAGAACUGGCUGAUCACCUUAAAAAAUUUUCAAUGUCAGAGUCUCCACUGGAAGUUACAUCACAUUGUCAUAUUAAUUUGGAUGAGACACGGACUUCAAAGAAGAAAUUAUUUCAAGUAGAAAGUCAACCUGAAGAAAAACAUGAAGAAUUCAGAAAACUUUUUGAGUUAAUAUCAUCACUGGACUAUAAUGUGGAUCAAAUAAGAAAGAAAAAUCAUGAAUUAGAAGAAGAGGCAACUGGAUAUAAGAAAUGCCUAGAAAUGGCAAUAAAUAUGUUAAAUGUAUUUGGAAAUGAAGACUUCAGUUGCCAUGGAGACUUAAAUACAGAUCAACUGAAAAUGGAUAUUCUGUUUAAGAAGCUAAAACAGAAGUUUGAUGAUCUUAUGGCUGAGAAGGAAGCUGUAUCUUCAAAAUGUGUCAAUUUGGCCAGAGACAGUGAAGUUCUUCAUCAGGAGUUAUUAUCUAUGAGAAAAGUACAAGAGAAAUGUGAAAAACUUGAGAAGGAUAAAAAGAUGUUGGAAGAAGAAGUAUUAAAUCUUAAGACACAUAUGGAAAAAGAUAUAGUAGAACUUGGUAAAGAACAAGAAUAUAAAUCGGAGCAGGUUGAAAUGGCAAUGCAGGCAUUAGAAAAAUUAGAAGAAAUCCAUUUACAGGCACAAGCAGAAUAUGAAAAACAAUUAGAGCAGUUAAACAAGGAUAAUAUGGCUUCACUAAAAGAGAAGGAACUCACACUUAAAGAUGGAUGUAAAUUCUCCAAAAUGAAAACUGCUUAUGAAGAGGUUACAACUGAAUUAGAAGAAUAUAAGGAAGCCUUGGCAGUGACAUUGAAAGCUAACAAUUCCAUGUCAGAAAAAAUAAUGAAAUCAAAUAAGAAAAUAACAAUGAUCAGCACCAAGCUCCUUAUGGAGAAAGAGCGGGUGAAAUAUUUUCUCAGCACUCUUCCUAUGAGGCCAGACCCAGAGUCACCUUGUGUUGAAAAUCUUAAUAGUACAGGACUCAACAGAAAAUAUAUUCCCCAAAUGCCCAUAAGAAUUCCUACUUCAGACCCACAGACUUCAAAUAACUGCAAGAUCUCCUUGACUGAGAUGGAGCCGGUCUGUGUAGAACAAAUUACAGAAACAAAGAAAACUUUUGGUGUGUUGGACACUUGCUCCCGUCUACUUUCUUCUUGCUCCCAACUACUUUCUUCUCUAGAAUCUACUGCCUUAGAAUGAGUAAUUUUUCUUAGAAGCAGAGUUGGAGCCACCGAGGAAGCACAGGUGAGAGGCACAUCUCAACACAGCUGACUGAUCAUACUCAGCAAUUCCAUUCUGCGUCUCCUCUGGACACCCCCAGGACCACCAGGACAACCCCAUCAUGGCCCUGUCACCAGGCCCAGUCUGGCUCCAUGAUAACCAAGACACAGGUCCAGAGACAACCACCCUGCAUGGUGCCUGCAUCUGACCCCUCUUGUCUUGCUUCUACUCCUGCCAUAUGAAGCAUCUCCUUGCCCCUUGGACUUCUGGUAUGAUUGGAAGGCUUCCUGGGUCCUCCUAGAAGCAGAAGCCAGUAUGCUUCCUUUACAGCCUGCAGAACCAUAUAAGAAAUGCCUAGAAAUGACAAUAAAUAUGUUAAAUGUAUUUGGAAAUGAAGACAUGGAGACUUAAAUACAGAUCAACUGAAAAUGGAUAUUCUGUUUAAGAAGCUAAAACAGAAGCCUCACCCUGCAGGAAUUCUAGUGACUAUAUUGCCACCAUCUUGGAGCUCCAUGCCCUCAUAGUGUAACGGCACCCGCAGAUCUGCCUGUGCACUGACUUCCUGUACUACCUCACUCCUGAGGGGUGAUGCUUCUGCAGGGCCUAUGACCUGGUGCACAACUUUAGACACCAUCAUCCUGGAGCAGCACUGCACCCUCACUAGCCAGGGAUUUGAUGACUUCCUUAAAGCCAAGGCCACAUUCAAGACUUUGGACUUCAGUGAUACACUUGUGCUGGGCAAGGCUGUGUUUCUGCUCAUUGCUGGAGGCGCUGUCAGGGGCCCUGCCCUCAACCCCAGGUCUGACCCUUGCAGUGCAGGCAGGACAUUCUGGAGGAAUCAUGUCCUUGAAAGGAGCUCCGAGGAGUGACUUAUGUUUCCUGGGAUUAACACCGUAAGGAAGAACUGGCAGUAGAAUUACUGUCCUAGAGUCAUCUCCAAAUAAAAUUUUUGUAUUUGAAUCUUUGCCUCAGGAUCUACUUCAAGGAAACUCAAAUUUUUAGGUGAAAAACCUGGAACAAAGAGCAAUACAGGAAGUUUCCAAAAUUCACCCUGCUGGUCCAGGUUUGAACCAAGCAGUCUGCACCUAGAGUCCUUGUUUGUAACCAUGGCACCGUGGCUUCUCACACAUCUCAUAGUGGAGUUCCACCAUGUGUCAGGCAUGGCACUGAGCAGUUUCUUUUAAAAACAUAAUUUGUAAUUAUGUAGAUUACUAAUUCUACCUCAGAAUGCCACACAGCCUUCAUGUGAUCAAAGGAAACAAUUGCUCAUGUGAUCUCCUGGGAUCUCUACUUAAGAUGCUGGCAGGCCGGCCAGCUGGUCUGGCCCUGGACGUGCCUUCAGGGGCUGGUUAUUCUUCAUGACCUGUGUUGUGAUCCUGGUCAGAGUAAAACAUUGCAUGGGAACUUGCGUUGUGAGAAACAUCCUAACCACCUGACUGCAGAAACAUCCUUAUCACAUUCUUCUGGGCAAAGGCCCAAAAGCCUGACUGCAGGAACAUCCUUAUCAUCUUCUAUUGGGCAGCAAGCUAUGCUACCCAGAGCCCUCCCUCCCAGCCCUAUGAUUACCCCAGCCUGUGAGCGGCAGCGGGCCCUGACACUAAGGUGGUUUCCUCCUCCGCAGGGUUUUGCUAGUAAUAAACCUGUGUUGCUGUUGAAGCUGCCAACUCUC